AUGGGCAUUAAAACAAAUUUUAGGAAUUCUUUAAUUAUUUUAUUUGUUUUUCUUGUACAAGUGAUAUAUGGACAAGUUAAAUAUUGUGAACAGUAUACGCAUUAUUGCUUUGUUGUUACACCUCCAGGCCUAAAUGCUGCAUUAGAAGAAAGUUAUGUAAACUUUCGCUUGGAAGCUCCAAAAGAGGUUGCCUGGCAUAAUGAUGCUGAAAACAAAACAAUAAUAUCACAACGUAAAGCAGAAUCAUAUGUAGAACCUAGUCCAACAGAAUUUCAAAGUGACCUUAUACUUGAUCAAGAUAAUAGUGGAAUCAUUGGUAACAAUUUUGUCGUCAAUUUUAAACGUUUACGAUCCGUUCAAUCCAACACUAUCCGUCAUAAACAACCUUUCGUUUGGGCAAUCUCUUAUACGAAUCCAAAAUCAUCCGCUUUUAAUGCAACCAUUGAAAAACAUGAUUGGACUGGCCUUACAACAUUAAGAUUAACACAAAGUGGUCAAACUGACGGUGUUUUGACUACCUAUGAUAGAUAUAUUAUUGCUCAUUCUACCUUAAUGUUUAUUGCUUGGUUUGUCAUUACUCCUGGAUCAAUCUUUGUGGCUAGAUUUGGUAGAAACAUUUUACCUUCAUCUUGGUUCAAAAUACAUUGGAUUGCUCAAUUGUUUGUUGCCACUCCCCUUGUAAUUAUUGGUUUCAUCUUACCAAUAGUCGCCGUAGCUGGAAAUGUUGUUUUUGAUGAAACGCAUCAGGUAUUCUUUUAUAUUUUGACAUUGGGUCAACAAGCGGAAACACCAAGACUUGAGAAAAAAAUAUCUGAUUAA